AUGUCGGCUCGAUUGAUGAAGAAGGUUCUGAACGAGCAGCAUCAUCUUCCCCAACACGUGAGCGAAGAAGAAGAAGAAGAAGAAGAAGAGAACGAUUCUGAGCCCAUCACUCGUUCCUCCAUCAACCCCUUCGACCUCCUGAACGACCAAGAUUCUGAACCCGAAAACCAGGGAGAUGAGUUGGCGUCUGCCAAUGAAACAUUGGCGAAUUAUGAUGAUAAAGAGGUGUCAUCUUCAUUGAAAUCUACAGCUGAGGUUUCCACAUCAAAUCCAAAAUCGAAGAAAAAGAAAAAAAAGAAAAACAAGGAUAGUGCUGUUGCAAAUAAAAUGGGAGAUGAUGAAGAAUUGGAAUUGAUUCUAGAAGAUUUAUCUCUGAAUGCCAUCUCAUCAGCUGAGCAACCUGUUUCUACCAAAGACAGAAAUAAAUCUGUUAAACAGCAAGCAACCUCCAUAUUGCAAGUGGAUCCUAAAUAUUUGAAUGCUGAAAAUGAGCUGAGAAGAAUAUUUGGAUCUAAGGUUGUGAAAUCAUUUGAGAGUAGCAAUCAAGCGAGCAGUUCUAGGCAGAUACGAGGGGUGAGGGGGCGUGUACAUUACAAUCUUAGAAAGAGUGUUCUUGUCAAUCCAUCAGACAAUUGGGUCCGCUGUGAUGACUCUCUGUCCAUGCAGUUUCUGGAGAUAAAAAAUGGAUAUAACUACUUCAGAUAUGUACACUCGCCAUCUUACUCCCAAUCUCAGAGAGCAUUUGAAGCUGCCAAAGCAAUUAAUGACUUAAAUGGCAUAGCGAGCAUAUUACAGCACCGUCCUUAUCAUAUAGAUUCCCUUCUAACAAUGGCAGAAUACUUUGCAGUAUUGGGUGAACAACAAAUGUCUGCAGAUGCUAUUGCCAAGUGUCUAUAUGCCCUUGAAUGUGCAUGGCAUCCCAUAUUCAAUCCACUGCAGGGAAAUUGCCAGUUGAAAUUCAAACAUGAUACAAACAAACCUAUAUUCACAGCCCUUUUCACUCACAUGAAAAAUUUGGACAGGCGUGGCUGUCAUAGAUCUGCCUUAGAGGUCUGCAAAUUAUUGCUUUUGCUAGAUUCUGAUGAUCCCAUGGGGGCUAUUUUCUGCAUUGACUACUUUGCUUUAAGGGCUGAGGAGUAUGCAUGGCUGGAGAUGUUUUCUGAAGAAUAUAAAAGUGAUAACUCCAUUUGGUUGUUUCCAAACUUCUCUUUUUCCCUAGCCAUUUGUCGAUUUUACCUUGAGCGCAAGGGCUGCGAAGAUGAUUGUAUGAAUGCUGAAAAGUCUUCUUCGUCUGAUCUUAUGAAACAAGCAUUGAUGCUUCAUCCUUCAGUCAUAAAGAAGCUAGUCGCUAAAGUACCAUUGAAAGAUCGCACAUGGACAGAUAUUCUCAAGCAUACCUUUUUCCGGUCAGAUCAAACAGGAAUUCCAUCCCAAGAUCACUUGAUUAAUAUAUAUGUUGAGAGAAAUUAUCUUAUGUGGAGGCUUCCUGAUCUGCAAAAACUUCUCGGUGGUGCUGCAAAUCUAGUGAUUGAAACACUAGAAAGUAAUAAAAGUGAAGUUAAGGAUUGGGCUUGUGUCAGAAAAGAAGCAUAUUCAUCCGAGAAAAAUGAGUAUGGACAUUUGCUGGUAUCUGAUUUCUCUGAUUCACUUUCAUCAAUUCCUCGAGAAAAUUUUCAACAAUUUAUGGGCGUUCCAAGGAUGAUGGAAGAGGGUAUGCAGGAUGAAAACCAAUUUGCUAAUCUGCCUGGCAAUGGCCAUGCUCCUCGUGGUGUUGCAAAUAGAAAUGCAUUAGCUGUCUUGUUUGAGUCGAUGCUACCGUGGGUUACUUACGAGGAUAGGGACGAUGUUGAACCUGAUGAUAACCAACAUGAUGACCACAGGCAAGACAAUCAAUGA